GCGGCGCGUGCGCAGCACCCCUCCCCCCAAGUGCCCCGCGCGGGCGCGGGUGUCCGUUGUGGCAGUUGGCCGCGCGCGGACGGCAGGAAAAUGAAAAGAACUUAACUGCAUUUUUGGAGUGACUCCUGAUGGGCUGGAUUUCGUCUCGGUGGGAGCAUUUGAAGAUUCGCGCUGUGAAAGAAGAAACAGCCAAUGGCUUCAGAAUCCAUGGUCCCAGAGCAAGCAAAGCAGCAUCUGAUAAAGGGAAAAAGGCGGCAGCAGCAGCAAACUAGGUCUUCCAACAGUGAUGUUGAAGAUGAAAUCUUUGUAUUUGAAGCAAAUGAGGCUUGGAAGGAUUUUCACAGCUCUCUUCUUCACUUCUUUGAAGCUGGAGAGCUCUGCGAUGUUACCCUAAAGGUUGGUUCAAAGCUCAUCCCCUGCCACAAACUGGUGCUAGCUUGUGUUAUACCUUAUUUCAGAGCCAUGUUUCUUUCAGAAAUGGCUGAAGCCAAGCAGACGUUGAUUGAGAUCAGGGACUUCGAUGGUGACGCGAUAGAAGAUCUCGUGAGGUUCGUGUACUCCUCCCGACUUACUCUGACUGUCGAUAAUGUCCAGCCUCUCUUGUAUGCCGCUUGCAUUCUUCAAGUGGAGCUUGUAGCAAAAGCUUGCUGUGAAUACAUGAAGCUACACUUCCAUCCCUCCAACUGCCUGGCGGUCAGGGCGUUUGCAGAGAGUCACAACCGCAUCGACUUGAUGGACAUGGCCGAUCAAUAUGCUUGUGAACACUUUGCCGAAGUGGUGGAAUGUGAAGACUUUGUGAAUGUGUCACCGCAGCACCUCCAUAAACUCUUGUCCUCCAGUGAUCUGAAUAUAGAAAAUGAAAAGCAAGUUUACAAUGCUGCUAUCAAGUGGCUUCUGGCCAAUCCGCAGCAUCAUGCUAUGUGGCUGGAUGAAAUACUUGCUCAGGUACGACUGCCUCUGUUGCCCAUUUGUUUCCUUAUGGGUGUUGUGGCAAAGGAAGAGAUUGUCAAGCAGAAUCUAAAAUGUAGGGAUUUGCUGGAUGAAGCAAGAAACUACCACCUUCACCUGAGCAGCAGGGCAGUGCCAGACUUUGAAUACUCCAUUCGCACAACACCAAGGAAGCAGACUGCUGGUGUGCUAUUCUGUGUUGGUGGUAGAGGUGGAUCAGGUGACCCAUUUCGUAGCAUUGAAUGUUACUCCAUAAGUAAGAACAACUGGUUCUUCGGCCCCGAAAUGAACAGUAGGAGAAGACACGUGGGUGUGAUCUCUGUGGGAGGUAAAGUCUAUGCAGUAGGUGGACAUGAUGGAAAUGAACACUUAGGAAGCAUGGAAGUAUUUGAUCCUUUCACAAACAAGUGGAUGAUGAAGGCAUCAAUGAAUACAAAGAGGAGAGGAAUUGCUCUUGCCUCCCUCGGUGGCCCCAUUUAUGCAAUAGGAGGUUUAGAUGACAACACAUGCUUCAGCGAUGUGGAAAGAUACGACAUUGAAUCUGAUCGAUGGAGUGGAACUGCUCCGAUGAACACUCCCAGAGGAGGAGUUGGCUCUGUAGCCCUCAUGAACCAUGUUUAUGCUGUGGGUGGCAAUGAUGGUGUAGCAUCUCUUUCCAGUGUGGAAAAAUAUGAUCCCCAUUUGGAUAAGUGGAUCGAAGUGAAAGAGAUGGGUCAGCGAAGAGCUGGCAAUGGUGUUAGUGAGCUCCAUGGCUGCUUGUACGUUGUUGGUGGUUUUGAUGACAACUCUCCACUGAGCUCUGUGGAGCGGUUUGACCCACGCAGUAACAAAUGGGAGUAUGUAGCAGAGCUGACGACUCCAAGGGGUGGAGUUGGCAUAGCAACACUGAUGGGUAAAAUUUUUGCAGUUGGAGGUCAUAAUGGCAAUGCGUACCUGAAUACAGUGGAAGCAUUUGAUCCCAUAGUGAACAGGUGGGAACUCGUCGGCUCUGUGUCACACUGCAGGGCAGGGGCAGGCGUGGCCGUGUGCUCCUGUCUCAGCAGCCAGAUCCGGGAUGUGGGCCAAGGAUCCAGCAAUGUCGUUGACUGCAUGUGAACUCUGCCGCCUCCUCCAAAUUCCAGGGGAAUAACAGUACGGAGGCACCGCAGAGCUUUUUAAACACCGUGUUUUGUAUGGUAGGUAAUGAAAUAAAGACAAAGCAUUUUUCUGUAUGAAAAUGUUACUUACUGCAACAUUAAGGUUUUGGGGGUGAGACAGAAAAGCCUGCGGAAACAUGGAAUAGAAGUCUGUCUCACAGGAGAAAACCCACUACAGCUGUACCUGCCCCAUUUUUAAGAAGUUGGAAUUUCAAAAUCAUUUCAGGCAGCUGCUGCAGGACUCAUUACUGAAUUGUAAACCAGGCAUUGGGUGAGAAGAGCUGCAGUCGGUACUGCUGAACCUUACCCAGCUGCGUUCUCUGAAGGACUAGCGUGCCGUUUAAAUGUAACUUGUUUUUCAGAAAUGCAAACAUUUUCUAGUUUUAGGAAAGCUUUGAAACACAAAGCCUUUCAAGUGCUGGAAGAUAAGGACAUCCCUGUUUCAUACUGAGCUAACCAGGGCAGAGAGGUUAACUGUUUACCUCGCAGAGUGUCCACAGCUGCUGCUGGCUGCAGUGGAAGGUUUCUUCAGACUGAAAGACAGUCUAAAGCUGUCUUUUAAGUACUUUCUCUCUUGUUGCAAAGCUGAAAGGAUACUUGACCUGUUUGUAGGACUUUAUCACUGGGAUACUGGAAUUCUUCUAUCUUCAAUAAAAUACAUAGUAAUGACUCCCUCCAAAA